CACACGAAAUACAGAAUAGCUCUCAAGCUUAGCAUAGGUGUGAAUCGCCCAGUUCAUGCCAUGUUUGCUUUGCUCGUACUUGCAAGGAUACUUGCCAUGAUAGUGAUGACCGAAGCACGAGCAUCUGCGGUUUUGAGAACCGUAGACGGGAACACCGCUCAGCCUCCGAACCGCUUGUUGGGUCGGUUAAGGACAAGGUCCCUCCAUGGCGACAGCACCGGCACGGGUUCUUCAAAUUUUACUCUCCCAUCUACUGGCAACUGUACAAGUAUAUGUGGUAACGUGACCUUCACCUACCCAUUCGGCAUAGAAGCUGGCUGCUCCAGGAAUUCUGACUUCAGUUUAGUUUGCAACCACACCACUCAUCCCCCAAAACUCUUCUUGGAUGAUGGUAGUACAACCGAGGUUGUCGCCAAUAUUGACGCCGGUGGCAUGACGCUGAAUGCUUUUCCGGUCAAUUUUUCUAAAACCAUCCCAAUGAAAUCUGAUGUCGAUGGCUACAACAUGUCAUGGACUCCGGGGAAUAGUUUUACCGUUUUCGAGUCGAUGUUCCUUACUAUCAUUGCUUGUGACUUGGAUGUGUAUUUGGUAGAUAAAGAUGUUGGUAAUCUUAGGUUGGUUUGUAAGGUAACCUGUCCCAGCAAAAAGAUUGCAGAGCAAGUGUACAGGCAGGAUCCUAGUGGGCCUGGGUCGUGCUCCGUACAUGCAGAUAUAUUUGUUCAUACCGUCGAGUUACAGUUUGUUCGCCACAAAACAAGUAAGAUGAAAACACAGUCUCAUCUCAGCAUCUUGUGGGAUACAAUCAACAUAAAUAUUGCGACAGAAAUUGGAUGGAGUAUCGUGGACCAAACGAACUGCUCCAGGAGCAUGAAAAAUAGCAAUUAUGCAUGUGUCAGCAAACACAGCGAAUGCACGGUUACUUUUCCUGAUGUUGGUUAUGUCUGCCGGUGCAAUAGCGGUUAUGGAGGCAAUCCGUAUAUCUCCGAUGGCUGCUCGCCUGACCACAAGUAUAAUUCAAGACCAAGAAAGGCGAAUUGUUCUCGACAGUGUGGGAAUAUCAGUGUCCCAUUUCCUUUCGGCAUAGAAGAAGGCUGUUCUGCGAGGAAAACUUUUCAGCUCGACUGCUCAGACACUACAGUACCCAUUCUCCGGGAUUAUGGCGGCCUCAUGGAUGUGACAUACAUAAAUGUCAGUGAGGGGCUUCUGGGAAUCAAAUAUGACUCAAGUUUUGGGGAGGAGAUAUUUAACACCAUAUUGCAACCUUCAGAACUUCAAGAACCAACCCUGUAUGUUGAUCCCCUGGAAUCAGCUUCGGUGAGAUGGGCUGUUGAUGAUCUUACAUGCCAAGAAGCCAAAAAAAACUCCUCUGGAUAUGCGUGUGUAAGUAUCCAUAGCUCCUGCCUGGGUGUCAUCAGCUCCAACAAAAGUUAUGUUGGAUACAGGUGCGCAUGCUUGCACGGUUUUGAAGGAAAUCCAUACAUCCCAGAUGGUUGUGAAGAUGUUGAUGAGUGCAAACGGACACCAGGACUUUGCAAAGGGAAUUGCCAGAACACUAUGGGAAACUACACCUGCACCAAGUGCCCUGAUCAUACAGAAUAUGAUAUUACAAAAAUGCAGUGCGGUCCAGUAAGAAAGCAAAAUAUCUUCUUAGGUAUUGUAACUGGGCUUAGCAGUGGCUUUGGCAUGUUACUAUUUGGGGUAAGUGCAAUAUUUCUCAUUCGAAGAUGGAAAAGAGAUGUCCAGAAGAAACUAAGAAGGAAGUAUUUCCGGACGAACAAGGGCCUUCUCUUACAACAGUUGAUAUCAGCAGAUCAAAAUGCGAGUGAGAAUACUAAGAUUUUCUCAAUAGAAGAGCUUAAAAGGGCAACAAAUAACUUUGAUCCUGCACGCAUCCUUGGACGCGGAGGGCAUGGCACGGUCUUCAAAGGGAUCUUAUCAAACCAGCAUGUGGUAGCCAUAAAAAAAUCCCAGAUUAUCAGGGAAGGUGAGAUCAGCGAUUUUAUCAACGAGGUUGCAAUCCUCUCUCAGAUAAACCACCGGAAUAUCGUGAAACUUUUCGGGUGCUGUCUUGAAACUGAGGUCCCCUUACUAGUGUACGACUUCAUUCCCAAUGGUUCAUUAUUUGAAAUUCUCCAUCAUGAUCCUAGCAACAUAGUUUCUUUGGCAUGGAAUGACUGUCUUCGAAUAGCAUCAGAAGUUGCGGGUGCUCUGUGUUAUCUCCACUCUGCAGCCUCGAUUUCAAUCUUCCAUCGUGAUGUGAAGUCCUCUAACAUACUCCUGGACGCGAACAAUGCUGCAAAGGUUUCGGAUUUCGGCGCUUCAAGAACUGUCCCCAUUGAUCAAACUCAUCUUGUCACAAAUGUGCAAGGCACAUUUGGCUACCUAGAUCCAGAAUAUUACCAUACUAAGCAGCUAAAUGAGAAGAGUGACGUUUACAGUUUUGGUGUGGUACUCCUAGAACUUCUUAUCAGGAAAAAACCUGUUUUUACAGCUGAGUCGGGAAUGGCCGAGAGCUUGUGUAACUAUUUCCUCUCAGAGAUCAGGUCGAGGCAACCCAAAGAAAUAGUGGCUGCACAAGUUCUCGAAGAAGCGGCCGACGAAGAGAUCAACGGGGUUGCUUCUCUUGCGGAGAAGUGCCUGAGGCUAAAAGGUGAGGAAAGGCCUACAAUGAAGGAAGUCGAGACAACAUUGCAGCAACUCCGAAUGAAUUGGACGAAUUCAUCUCAGGCUGAUUCAGCCAUUGAGUAUGAGAUGCAAGGCCACCAGUCCAUGGCCAUGAACCUAGCCGGGAGAACUUAUCAUGUAACAUCUCAGCGUAACCAAAACGCGUGCUAUAGCUUGGAGCAGGAGUUCCUCGCAUCCGCUAGCCUGCCGCGCUAGACAUGCUUGUCAGCUCUCUAGUGUUUUUGCCCUUAUCUUCUACUCACUCUGUAGUGAUCUAAAAGGUCUUAUAUUAGUUUACAGAGGGAGUACAUGCAAUCCUCUUCUUUACAAAGUGUAUUAUGCAGCACCAUCUUACUUGAUGAAUGGAUUUACUCAACAAAAUUAGUGU